AUGUUAUAGAUAUAAUAUCAUUAUGUUUUACGUAUUAACAUGUAUUUUACUUCACAUAAUAAGUGUAUGUUUGGCCAUAAAUGGGCCCCAAUUUUGUGACCAUAAUUACGUGGACACAAUACUAUGGGACGGAUUGUCAUAUCGGGUGACCAGAAAUGAAUGGAUAGCCGCGUACGACCCGUACGAGCGCCGGGUUUCCACGUUUUACCACAAAAAUCUUAUUGACUUUCCCAACAAAAUUGAUCGCGGCUACUACUAUCAAUCGGGUUACCACAUACCUAGCGUACCGGCCGACUGUCAGCCGCGACAUUCAUUGACCUGCGAGAUAAUGAACAAGUUAAUCGGACUUACAGUAUACACUAUACGGGACACUAUAUCGGGUGAGAUAGUACACAGAGUGGACAGGACUACAGACUCUCUGCGAGCCCUCCCGGAGCGAAACGUACUGUACUUUUUUGACAGC